AUGGGAUGGGCUUCAGAUUAUGCUAGCACUAUUGUAGUUUCCCCUUACGAUGAAGCUAAAUCUCCAGUUGUCUCUGUUUUCGGUGGAGAUGAAUUCAAUUGCGAUACAGCAACUGUACUCAAACCAGGAAAUUACAAUUCCAGAGAUUUGAAGUUAAACAACAUUGAUCCAGAAGAAAUUAGAGGUUUCAGAGUUCCACAAGGCUUAGUCCUCGAAAUUUUCGAUCAAGACUAUCAGGGUGGUGUAUCUGGAUUCAUUCAAGGAUCCUCUACCCCUUCUAGUUAAGUUGAUUUAUAUGCACACAAGAAAAAUAAUCAGCCAGAUUAAGCCUAGGCUAACCUAGGAAAAUUCUAUAGAAAAGUUCAAAGCAUCAAAAUAGGCAGAGCUGAUGAGAUUUAUCCCAUCACUGCUAGAUGGGUAGCCCUAGAUUCAUCAUGGGGUAACGCCCUGAAAGUCUCAGUCUUGCAAGGCUUGCAAAUUGAUAACACAAAAGUUUCCACAUAAACUUUCUCUGCCUCCCUGACCCUAGGUUAUAAAUACACCACUGGUAAUCCUGUUACAGGCAGCCAUGAAUUUUCUGUGGAAGCAACAGUUGGUUUUCAGCUUGAAAAUAGUAUUUCAAAUUCAAUCUAGAAAGCAACCCAGGUUACAACUGAGAAGAAUUGUCCUGAUAAGGAUGGUGGAAAAAUCACGAUGUAUCAAUUUCAACUUUCAGCCGAAGGUGCUGUUUAUGGUGCUGAAAACUACAUAUGCAGAUACGGUGCUAAUGCUGAUUCAGCUCCAUCAUGCGUUUCAUAUCUUAAAUGUGCGGACUCAGAAUGCACAAAGUGUAAAUGA